AUCGCCAAUCUGGAACUUGAUUGAGAUUCUGCCACAGACACCGCCCAAACACCAACCCAUCCUCAGCCAUCUGGGCAGGUGAAAUCUAACAACUACAGAAGCUCUUCGCUAUCGACGGAAAAUACUUGACUCUAGCAUCAGUGUACGCCGGCCACGAUCAUCCCCGCGGAAACCUGGCCACGGCUAGCAAUGCGACCUACUUAGUUGUCGUUCGCCCUUGAUCCCAUCUGUCACCAGAACGUCCGAUCGAGCAAGCCAGUCUUUCACGCGACAGGCGCAUCUCGCCGCGCUUCGCAUCCAUCAUGGAUUCCAGUGCGCCCAACGGAGGCUUAUCGCCUCGGGCUUUUGCGAUGCAGCACCAGCGUCCUCGGGCCAGUUUUCAGGGAUGUUCACGAAUCUCCGACUACGAACUCCUCGGGAAGCUGGGUGAGGGUACUUUCGGUGAAGUUCACCAUGCGAGAUCUCGCAAGACCAACGCUCAUGUCGCCGUCAAAAAGAUCAUCAUGCACCACGAAAAGGAUGGCUUCCCCAUCACGGCAUUGCGAGAAAUCAAACUUCUGAAACUGCUCUCCCACAAAAAUGUCCUGCAGCUGGUAGACAUGGCUGUGGAGCACCCUCAGAGAGCCAGUAAGUCGCUCAUGCUCAACUACCCAAUUCGCCAGCAGCAAUUCCUGACCCGAAUUGUGACAGGCGACAAGCGCAAGCGCCCGAUUAUGUACAUGGCAACCCCGUACAUGGAUCACGAUUUGUCGGGUCUUCUCGACAACCCUUCCGUUCAUUUCACCGAACCGCAGAUCAAAUGUUACAUGCUGCAGCUCCUCGAGGGAUUGCGAUAUCUGCACGACCAACAUAUCCUACAUCGAGACAUGAAGGCUGCCAAUCUUCUCAUCAACAACAAAGGCAUCCUCCAGAUUGCCGAUUUCGGUCUGGCAAGACACUACGAAGGGCCAACGCCCAAGCCUGGACACGGGGCAGGAGAGGGGAAAAGGGAAUACACCGGCCUUGUCGUCACUCGGUGGUACAGACCCCCGGAAUUGCUGCUUCACCUGAAAAGAUACACAACCGCUAUUGACGUUUGGGGUGUUGGCUGUGUCUUUGGCGAAAUGCUUGUUGGAAAGCCGAUUUUGGCUGGUGAGAGCGAUACACACCAGCUCGACAUCAUUUGGGAUCUGAUGGGGUCGCCCACGCCGGAAAAUAUGCCCCUUUUCAGCACUCUUCCUGGUGCUGAAGCAGUGACCCCACGCCCUCGACCUGGUAGCAUUACCAACAAAUUUAGAGAGUACGGAACCGGAGCAGUCUCUUUGCUUAAGGAGCUUCUCAGACUCGACUGGAGAAGUCGCAUAAACGCCGCCGAUGCGCUCAACCAUCCAUACUUCAAGAUGGCUCCCAUGCCGGCCGAACCUGGAGACCUACCCACCUUCGAGGACAGUCACGAACUGGACAGGCGAAAGUUCCACGAUCGUCAGGCAAAACUCCCACCAGCGCCCAAGGGAGGCACGGUGGGCAUGGGCCCCGAGGCGCACGGCGCGAAUGCCGGUUUCAACAAUACCGAUGCUUACAGCAACCGCAAUGGCGUAAACGGGCGGAAUGUCAAUGUACCCGGAGGUCACAGGAACGGCGGGGAUGAACGCCGACCAGCUUGGCAGCGCGACAACAGAGGCUUACCUCCGCGACCGCCCCCACCCGAGUAUGCUAACGGCGGCCCUAUGCCGCCCCGCGAUGACUACCGGGACAGAGACCGAGAUAGGAGGCCGAGAAGUCGAGGAGGAAGAGGUCCUGACGUAGACACGUAUAUCCCGAGCUACAGAGACGAUGUUCCUCCACGACAUAGAGAUGACCGGCCUCCUCGCGACCGACGCCGCAAUAGUAGAGAUGAGCGAUGGCACGAGCGAGACUGGGAUCGCCGGACGCGGAGCCGUAGCCGCUCCCCCAUGCGGGAACGGGACGCGUACCGCAGAUGAGAUUGCGGCCUGUACAAAAGACAGUAUAAUAUCGAAUGGCAGGACAGCUCGGCGAAGCACUGGGACAGGCGUUUGGGGGUGGGAGCAUAAUUCCAAGCAAGGCUGGUAUAUAAGUGAUUCCCCGGUAAUGAAUGCUUCCCUUCCCAGCAGUAGUGGUUUAUAUUAAGAAAGGCCGAAUUACCAAGUCAAAUCUCUGAAUCAUCGUCGUCCUCCUCAUGAAUCGUUUGCGACCAAAGCCCGGGAGUUCGCCUCCGUCUCUUUGGGGGCGGCUUGUUCAGUAACUGCCAAUCAGUCUCGUAGGAUGAUGAGUCUUCCGUUUUACCAGUCCCGGGCCGCUCUGACAAUGGUGUUCCCGGCAUUGGCGUUGUGGAGAAAGAACUAGACCUCUCAUCAUGCAUGCCGAGGACAGAGGUGAUGAUGCCGGAUGUGCAAGCCAUAGUCAGGCCAGCCAAGAUGCCGAUGCACGCACCGCAGGCCAACUAAGGGGAAGAUUAGUAUAUCAGCAGUCUGACAAUUGUGUAGGUAAGGCAGAG